UUAGAAACGACUCGAACCGUAUAUAGUUGGAAUUCGGUUGCAACACACUAACACUAUACAUUUAUAUCAUAUUGAACCCAAUCACACCCGGUUCAAACCGCCCAAACCCAAAUUGUCUAACCUUUAUCAACCAGUGGUACAAUGUAAGCUAUAAUUAUGAAGGCUUUGGAUUGGGUUGGACCCAAUCGGGUGGAGGCCCAAAGAAAUAUAAAUCACCACGUAACGUAACCAGAAUGCAUGGCGGUGUCGUAGUAGGGUUUUUAAUUUUAUAGCCUUCAAAACCCUAGUAAUUGUUUCCAUGGACAAACUCCCUGAGUCUCUGCUUCUUGAAAUUCUGAGUCGACUCGACCACUCAGCCGACGUUGCUCGUUGCCGAUUCGCUUCCAAGGCUUUCAAUACUGUUUUUCCAGACCUUCGAUCAAUUAAUCUUCAAUGUUCCUCGAGGAAAUUCUCCAGUUCUUCGAAGAAGGUUUUCUUGGAUCUUAUUUCGAAACAAAGAAUCGUUGAAUCGGUGUCUAUCCGCCUUCACGAGACCGUUAAUGAGGACUUUGCAAAAGAGUGGCUGCCUAGGGUUUCCCAAUCCUUGAAAUCGCUUUCAUUAUCUGGUUGUUGGUACCGUUUUGCACCUCCAUUGGCGCUGAUUUCUGCGUGUUGUCAUAAUCUUACUAGGUUAAAUCUAAGUUUUGCAUGGCUGUCUAUGGAUUACUUGAAUCCAAAUCCAAUGCCAAAUCUCACAAGUUUGACAGUUGAACAUACAUUAUUAGAAGACGAAGACCUAAACCAGUUGAAUAAGUGUUUCCCUAAUCUUCAAGUUCUUAACUUGGUAGGGGUAGGGCUUAAAGAUCCAAAGAUCCACCUUCUCAAACUCCAAACCUGCCAUUUAGAAAUUGUUACUGAUCCAUCGUCUUUAUCCCUAAUCACCCCCAACCUCAUCAAACUAACAAUUAAAUGUCGUCCCUAUCUCGCUGCAAUUCAUGUUGAUGCUCCCAUGCUAUCUCACUUUCAUCUUAGCCUUGAUAUCCCUAAACAUGUAACCACAUUAACCGCCAAGUUUGAGACUUUGAAAACACUUUGGCUGGACUCUUUUUAUAUUGGAUCAUUACUUUCAGAAUUCCCGAUCACAAAAACAGUUCAGAAUCUGACUCUAGAUUCGGGAAAGAAUGCACCAACUAACGCAGGAGAUUCAAAACUGACCUUAAGGAAGGUAUUCACAGUUUUCCCGAACUUGAGUUCUCUAUGUGUCAAAUCAAGUGCUUGGUCGGAAUUAGAAGCUUUUUUGAAUCCAGAAGGUUGGGAGAUUUUGGAUGGGAGGAUAGAAUUGAAAACAAUUUGUGCAUAUCUGAAGUUAGUUGACCCGUCCUUGACUUUCUCAUAUGUUGCGUGUGUGUUGGACCAAUGCGUAGGCUUGUCACUGGUCUCGUUGCUCAUCCAUGCUGAUGUUGUUGAUACUGAAUCUAAAAGUUUCAUGUCUAAGUGCAUGGUUCGUUGGCCAGGGUUGAAGUGGCGAUGGGGGGUAUGGUAGAUACCGAAGAUUCCUGGAUAACCAAUGUUAUAUAUAUCUAACUAAACACCUCAAAUCAAAGCUCCACCUGUGAUGAGGAAAGAUAAAUCUUAUGCCAUUUGUAAUCGUUUAUAUUGAUGCAUGCUUUUAACAUUUUUUAGUUUAUGUUAUAGGCUAGUAUCAGGUCCGGUGACUUCCCCCGGUGGAAAUUUUGAAGCUUCGCCACUGAUAAAGAUUCAAAUUUUUAUGCA